AUGACAGUGACAUACACCAACCGUGUGGCUGAUGCCCGCCUAGGCACCUUCUCACAGCUCCUGCUCCAAUGGAAAGGAAGUAUCUACAAACUGCUCUACUCAGAGUUCCUUAUCUUCAUCUCUCUCUACUUCACCAUCAGUCUUGUCUACAGGCUGAUCCUGAACGAGAGCCAAAGGCUGAUGUUUGAGAAGCUGGCGCUCUACUGCAACAGCUAUGCUGAGCUAAUCCCUGUGUCCUUUGUGCUGGGUUUCUACGUGGCUCUGGUGGUGUCCCGCUGGUGGGCUCAGUAUGAGAGCAUACCAUGGCCUGACCGGAUCAUGAACUUGGUUUCCUGCAAUGUGGAUGGGGAGGAUGAGUACGGGCGACUCCUGCGUCGCACCCUCAUGCGCUACAGCAACCUGUGCAGUGUCCUGAUACUGCGCUCAGUCAGCACCGCUGUCUACAAGCGCUUCCCCAGCAUGGAGCACGUCGUGAGGGCAGGCCUCAUGACACCAGAAGAGCACAAGAAGUUUGAGAGCUUGAAUUCCCCACACAACAAGUUUUGGAUCCCGUGUGUGUGGUUCUCCAACCUGGCUGUGAAGGCAAGGAAUGAGGGGAGGAUCCGGGACAGCGUGCUGCUCCAAGGCAUCCUGAAUGAGCUCAACACCUUGCGCAGCCAGUGUGGGCGACUCUAUGGGUAUGACUGGAUCAGCAUCCCCUUGGUCUACACUCAGGUGGUGACCGUGGCUGUUUACAGCUUCUUCCUGGCUUGUCUGAUCGGGCGGCAGUUCCUGGAUCCAGAAAAAGCAUAUCCUGGCCAUGAACUAGAUCUCUUUGUGCCAGUCUUUACGUUUCUGCAGUUCUUCUUCUAUGCUGGCUGGUUAAAGGUGGCUGAGCAGCUCAUCAACCCUUUUGGAGAGGAUGAUGAUGACUUUGAAACCAACUGGCUCAUCGACAGGAAUCUACAGGUCUCCCUUAUGGCUGUGGAUGAGAUGCACCAGGAUUUACCCAUUCUGGAGAAGGACCUAUACUGGAAUGAGCCUGAUCCCCAGCCCCCCUACACUGCAGCCACUGCUGAGUACAAGCGCCCAUCAUUCCUUGGCUCAACUUUUGAUAUCAGCAUGCAGAAAGAAGAGAUGGAGUUCCAGCCCCUGGAGCAAAUUAAAGAGAAUGAGGAGGCCAACCAUUCCACACCAUUACUGGGGCACCUGGGCCGGCUUCUUGGUGUGCAGUCACCCAGCUUCUCCAGGUCCUCUUCCCGGAUGAACCUGCUGCGCAGGAGAGAACCCACGUCCCCUUUCUCCCAUUACACAUACCAAGACAUGGGCAAGGCUGGAAGCCCUUGUGGCAUCAAUCAGCCAAGGGGAGACUCCAGCUCACAGGAACAGUGGGACAGCGAAGAUGGAAAACUAAGAGAGUUUGAUGCCUUCAUGUCAACCCCAUUCUACGAGAGACCUGGUUUCUACAGCGCUCCACAGACACCCAUCAGCUCUAUCCCUAUGAUUUUCCCUUCUAGACGCCAAGGCCGCAAGAAGCCUCCUGCACUCUCCAGCAUUGCUGCAUGCUCGACUUCUCUUAGGGAUGUGGUCAGUACCUCCCCUUCUAGAGUCAGUGAUGUGUAUAAAAGCCAAAGCUCCAUUGGCUCGGGUGCAAAGGAAACAUUUAUUUGGCCAACAGACCGAAGCAAAGGUUCUGACUCACUGGUUGUAACAGCAGAAGAAAAGAGCAACUCUUACGGUAAAGGCAAAGAAGGUAUCACCACAGGAAGCCCAGGAGUUCAGUCCACAGCAUCAGAUAGCCCUAAGUUCCCCUUCUUGACAGAGUCCCCAGACUAUGAGAAGCAGGGUAGCUUCAAGAGCCUGAAGAGCGUGAAAUCUUCCCACCCUCCCUGGCUAUCACUGGAGAGCACAUCAUCACCUACUCCCAAUUCUGAGCACUUUCACACCCCCAAUAACAAAACCCCUGGAAGCAGCACCUCUUUCUGCUUCUCCUUCACCCCUGUAACAUCCCCAGUGCUGCAGAGGUCUCACAUGGGGAAUAUGGGUCCUGAUGCUCGCAGCCUAAGUUUAGAAGAUGCAGCCAGUGCUCCAGACCAGCAUCCAGCAGAGGUUUCCAGGAACACAAGAGACACUGGAAAUGGAAGCACGAAUGCUCCCCCUACAAAGGAGACAAGACGAGCUGAGAGUCCAUCCCCCAAUGACUCUGGCAUCUCUCUAGCUGAAGGUGACUAUGUGGGGCUGAUGGAGGUGAUCAUGGAGACCAGUGAAAGCACAUGUGAAGAGCAGAUGGACCAGUACAGCUAG